UGGCUCCUCCAAAGCGGCGGCGGUGGUUGCGCGCGCGCGGCGGCGCCGGCGCUCGUCUUCCCGCGCCAGUUUCCCGUCCGACCUCGGCGAAGGACCACGUGCGGUUCUGAAGCUGUCCUCCCAUCCGCGUAAGUAAUCCUGACGUUACACAAUCUGCGAGAGGCUCUCGAUCACCGGCAGCAUCGAUCGAUCGAGCUCGGUCGCGUUCGCGGCUUUCGCAAAGCAGGUUAAGUUUUCGUGUGACAAAAAGGAAUAGAUGAUAAACACCAGCACAGCGCGAGCUUGCGUCAGGCCGCGCGAGACACACAUGGUGCAUCGGUCGAAAGGCGAUGCUCGUUGACGGAACGAGACGUCGAGCGUAAAGCGGAAGUUGUGUUCCUCGCUGAUGAGAGUGUCGCCGGUGCAGCCGUUGGCAUGGCAGAUUGUGAAGUGCGCAGAGCAGCUCAACGGUUGAGCGGCCGUUCCUGACGAUUGUGUAUGCAAGACGCGUUGCUGCGCUGUGCGUGCAUCGUAACCGGCGCGAUAUGUUUCUCCACUGGAGUUCUCGAUCAACUUGCAAUCCCUCUACGCGCUGUUGCCAUACUCUUGUGUGUAUGUGUGCAUAUGUGUCUGUUCGCGCUGCAGCAUCGGGCGCAGGACAACAACGACAAAGCUCGCCAUGAGCGCAGUCCCAGUGCUACGUCGAGCGAAUGCUUGGCCGGCUUGAUUAUGACGUGGAUUAUCGCGAGCCGCGCGGACGAGCGUCCGAUAUUCUGUGCCAUUGACAAGUGCCGGAAAUAGUCGCGAGUUUUUGGAUUGAAGACGUUUGCCGAGAGAGCCGAUCAUGGCCGCUGCGAAGAUGUGGUGUUUAGUGCUCGUGCUGGGACUGUUCGAGGCUGUGGGUCACGUCGCCGCUGUUACGGGCAAGGUUGCCGAUGCAUCAGUCCCUCUGUACAGCAUCAGCGUGGUGGAGGGAAAAUCCAUCGAGCUUCCCUGCAACGUCACAGCGCCUGGUCACGACACCCUUGACAUGGUGUUCUGGUUCAAGGACAGCACGGGGCCGCCGUUUUACACGGUUGACGUCCGGGGGAAACCUCUGAAGCAGGCGAGGCACCAGUCGCCGUCUUUCGGACAAAGGGCGUAUUUUCGGACCAUUCAAGAGCCGGCGGUGCUAGCAUUAGAUGAGAUCAAGAGGCACGACGCCGCGAUUUAUAGGUGCAGAGUGGAUUUCCAUCGGGGACAAUCCAGAAGCGUUCGAUAUAACCUCACCGUCAUAGUUCCGCCCGAGCAGCCGGCCAUCCUGGAUGAAUUUGGCCGAAUCCUGAAUGGCACUGCCGGACCGUACGAGGAGGGUGACAUUUUGUCAUUGAACUGCCGUGUGACUGGUGGGAGGCCUGUGCCCGUCGUCAGAUGGUUCGUUAACGGCAUCCUCAAGAACGACGACUCCAACGAGAGUAGCGGCGGGGACAUCAUCGAAAAGAAGUUGACUGUCAAGCCGCUAAAUAGGUCGCAUCUUUUCACGAAUUUCACUUGUCAAGCCCAAAAUACCGACCUCGUCGACCCCAAGCAAGUGUCUCUCAUUCUGGAUUUGAAUCUGAAACCCCUGACGAUAGAUAUAAGGAAACCCGAUGGAUUACCCAACGGGAGCGAAUCCUUGAAGGCAGGGGAGCCUUACGAGGUGGAGUGCGAAACGACGGGCUCGAGGCCACCUGCCGUAAUUACCUGGUACAAAGGCAAGAGGCAGCUCAAACACGUCAAGGAGGAGAAGGGCACGAUCAACACGGAGAAUCGCACGAUGAGUAGGGUGGAGUUCGUGCCAGGGGUGGACGACGACGGAAAAACGGUGACUUGCAGGGCGGAAAAUCCAAACGUGACCGGACUCUUUCUGGAGACGUCCUGGCGGAUCGACGUCGUGUAUGCUCCGAUCGUGUCCCUGAGAUUCGGCUCAACGUUAAAUGCCGAAGACAUCAAGGAAGGCGAUGACGUCUACUUCGAAUGUCAAAUUAAGUCGAAUCCGAUGUGGACGAAACUCACCUGGAUUCACAACGGAGUCGCGCUGACGCACAACACGUCCGCCAGGAUCGUCAUCUCGUUUCAAAGCCUCGUGCUGCAAAGGGUGACUCGGAACAGCGCCGGGAUGUACGUGUGCGCGGCAACCAACAGUAUCCAGGAAACCAGGAGCGAGCCACUUGAAUUUCGCAUAAAGUAUGCACCGGUCUGUAAGGAGGACAGGAUCGUGGUGGUGGGCGCAUCUCGAGGCGAGUCUCUGGAGAUCGCGUGCAGAGUCGAAGCCGAUCCUCCGGCUCACAGCUUCCGCUGGAAGUUCAACAACAGUGGCGAAACCCUCGAGGUUCCGGCCAAGCGCUUCUCCGUCGAGCCAGCUGGCGGACUAAGCAUACUCACCUACAAACCCACCACCGAUCUCGACUAUGGCACCCUCUCCUGCUGGGCGGAGAACAUCGUCGGGAUCCAGUCGAGGCCGUGCCUCUUUCAACUCGUCGCUGCAGGCAAGCCCUACCCGGUGCGCAACUGCAGCCUGGCGAAUCAGACGUACACGAGCGUCGAGGUGAAGUGCUACGCGGGCUACGACGGUGGACUGCCCCAGGAGUUCGUGCUGGAGGUUUACCAUGGCGACCUGGAGUCCUUGCCGAGCAUCAGGCCGCUCUACAAUGUUUCGGCGAAGGACGAGCCGAUGUUCGUGCUGUCGGGACUGCAGGCGUCCGUGGACGCGGGCGUGCACGUCGCCGUCUACGCCGUCAACGCCAAGGGCAGAAGUCAGCCGGUCGUGCUGAGCGAGGUGACGUUUCGCGACGCUGAGAAGCGGACUGGUCAGGACGCGGGCAUGGGGCUAUCGCCGCUGAUAGGCGUGCUGGUCGGUGCCCUCGUCACCCUCGGACUGAUCGUCCUGGCGCUGGUCGUGAGGGCGAGGCGCGAGCGCGCCACGGCCAAGCCGCGCCACGAGAAGCCUGCCGAGCUGAGCGAGCUGCCUGUCCAACAGUAUCCCCUCCAGAGUCUCGAGCAGACCGUCGAGACCGAUCCCGACGUCAUACCCAACAAGUUUGAGGGCGGCAACCUGAUCGAGGUCAGUCCGCCGAGCUAUCCGGGCGGCUACUCGCCCGGCCAGUGGGUCACGCCUGGCCCGACGCCGAGCAUAGACGAGCUGUGCCACAAGUUCGCGGGUCGGCCGACGGAGCUGAGGAUACCCGCGCGCAGCACGGCCUCCUCGACGCCAGCUCCAGCUGGCCGAGCAGCCAUCGGCGCCGGCGGCAACAGCCUGACGAGCAGCGCCGCGAUGCCAGCGGGGGCCGGGCCCUGUGUGGUUGUCGCUGGCGAGUGUCUCGACGGCGAGGCGAUAAAGCGCCGACUCAUGGCCAACAGACUGCCCGAGAGCUGCGUCUAGAGUCAGUGUCCGCGGGACGACGCACCGCUCGCCGGCGAACGUUUUCUGUGAAUCCCGCAAGGACAUGCCCGCGUGUUGCGUGCGCGCGGUUCAUCGCUCUCGUCGUUCGCUGUGAAGCGCUCAAUGUGCUCGCCGCAUUGCACCGCCUCGCGACUCUCUAUACCGGGUACAUCACGCAGUGCAGCCGAAUUAUACAAUACAGUGCGCGGAGGGAGGGAAAGUAACGACAGUGCGUAUGUGCGGCGCUGCAUCACCUUGUUCUCGAUUUGUUGUUCUUCUUCCUCCUCCUCUCAGUGAACAGUGAAUACUAUGCAUCACAGUUGGGGGAACCAACUGUGCCGAACCACGACUAACGGGAAUAAAAGCGUAUCAUCUCUGUCAAGCGAAAGGAGAAAGAAAAUCGAUAAAGACAACUUCGUACCAGAAUGUUUGCGUACACCAUCGCCAAAAUUAUCCAGUGUUAUACGAUCCGAAUCCUCGGACGUACUAACGAACUCGCCCCGUUCGGAGAUUCAUCUCCGGGAGCCCUUUCUUUCCUUAGAAAGUUCAGAGCUCUUCCCCAGUCUGUUCUUCCGCCGCUGCAGAGGAAAAGCACAAAAAAAAAUAAUAAAAAAAAAGAGAAAGAAAAGAUGAAAGGAGAAACCUCCUCCAUUCAACGCUGGGAACAGAUUUCGUCGCUGCUCUUCUGCGCCCCUUAGCCGUCCACUUCGUCAUGCGCUCCGAGAACUUUCGCCGGGGAAAAAGCUUCCUCGCCCCGUCGCGUCCUCCAGGCAGGCGGAGAAAGGGGGACAGAGCGCAGACCGAGCGAGAAUAAAAACUUAUCGAAAAAUAGUCGCGUCAUCGGGACUUUCAGGUUCCGACUCUUCUUCGUUGCCCUCCCCCCCUUCCCCUUCCCCACCCCUCACUGCACAGACAAGUUGAGCGCCGUGGAUUAAUUAAGAUGAGUUUCGAGUGCCAACAGCAGCUCCGUUCAUUCGCUCUCGGGAAUUCGUAUAAACGUGUGCACGCGUGCGCCGCGGAUUUGAUUUCCCUCGCUUUUCACAGCUCCCGGUAUAUAUCGUUUCGAGCGACAACCGCGCUUCAACUUUACUCGUCGGAAAAGUACGCUUAAUUUCAUUCCAGCCGGCUAUUAACAACAAACAGAAAGCUGCCCGCUCUUGAUUAUACGCGGGUGCCCCUGAUCUCUCUCGUUGCUCGGCGACUUUCUGGUGAAAAACGAAAUGAAUAAACGAAUGAAUAAACGUUAUUAUUGCACUGCUGAAGUUUCUGCUUCUGCUGACCUGGGCAGAACUUCGUCAUUUUCAAAGAACGUUCGAUUCGCGGAAUCAAAGUUGCCUUACUUUAUACCGUGAGCUCUCUCUUCCUCUUCAUUUUCAUGAAUCCAGAGGAUUUAGUUCGACCAUUAUUGCUCGUUGCCGAUGUAAUCAGAUUGUAAUUAAUAUGUAAUUUUCAUAGCAUUCGUUUUAAUAGCCCAGUUACUUUCGGUGUGCUGUGAAUAUUUUGUGAUCAAACAAUUUAAUUAUUCAAUGUGUUCAAUUACUGCCUAAACGAUACUAUAACACAGAAAAUUAAAGGCCAAUAUGUAAAGCAUACUUAAUUUUGUAAAAACUACGAUUUUUAUCACAUAAUUAUACAGGAGUAAACAAAUCCGAAUGAUGCAAACACAUAUACAAACACACACAUUCAUUUUAUCGACUUAACAUACAUCGAGUAGAAGUGCUCCAAAUUUUAUCAAACUAACAAGUUCAAAAAUCAUAUUUUUUGCUUUUUAUUCGUGCAAUAUCUACUAAUAUUGUUUUCAUACGUUAAUUUUAUCACUAUACAAGUCGAAAUUAUAUUUCACCUUGAUACAUCUCGAAUCAUUAUGAACUUACGAAUUUAUUCAUAGCUAUAUUGUCUAAAAACUCUCGAUAUCUCGAUAGUACCAAUUGAAAUUGACACUCAACUUUAUAUUAUUAUAUACACAACUACUUUUCAUUGUAUAAACCUGAUGUAUUUUCUGGCAAAGUUAAAACUAUUACACUCAAGAUUGACCUUUUUGUUAUUUUUUACAUCCUUUAUUUACAACGAAGUUAAUUAUUCAGAUAAGCUUUUCUAGUUUUGACGUCAAAGGAAACUAUUAAAAUUAUAAUAUUUACUAAUCAGUUCGGAUAAGAUGCAUUUCAAUCAUGACUUCAAUAGCUAAUAACAAAUGCAGAAAAUAAAUGGUUUUAUUAUUUCUACGCGACACGGAUUGCAACAAAUACCGUAUAUUUUUCGAGCUUGUUCCCAAUGAUUAUCCUGUGCAUAAAGUAUCGUAAUGUUUUUUUCUGAACUCGAAAGAUAGAGAGAGAGAGAGAUAGAGAGAGAGAGAGAGAGAGAGAGAGAGAGAGAGAGAGAGAGAGAGAAACAGAAAGAGGGCGAGGAGAGAAAGGGACAAAGGAGAAAAAGGAGAGAUGCCGGAAAACUGACCGCACUCGAAGCAGCCGACGGAAAAGAAAGAUAAAGAGCUCGUGCGCGCGUUCGUGUGCGUCUCCAGCGAUUCCUGAAUGAAGAUGGAUGAAGAAAAGGCCGGGCGAGUCGAGGAAGAAAAAAAAAGUGAAACCAGAAAAAGAAAUGGAUGCAGCGCACGCUCGGUGAUAAGGAGGCCAGCCAAGUGAUACACAAAAUUGAAUUAAUAAAAGUUACGUGUCGAGGGCCUGAUGAUCGUGGGUCAUCACUUAUUCUUUUCUUACAUCAUUGAGCCGAGAGCUCAAUUUAUAAACUGGACUGUGCAAUUGAGUUGACAAACUGGACCGUAUAAUUCGCGAUUAUUUUUUCGACUUUGCGUAUGAGUUAUAGAAGAAAUAACAUAUAUGUAACAACAUGUACAAUAAGAUAAGUCGACGAGAUGAACAAUCAUUGCCGGUGAAUUUGUUGAGGAUAAUCUACCGCGUUAGGAAAAUGGUGUAAUAAAAUACGCGCCAAAAUAGUCCCCGUUGCUAUAUCAGUUGUUUGUAUAUGUGUAAUCCUUGAUCUCAGAAAUUCCGACGCGUAUGCUCGUCCCUUAUACGAUUGCUGUCGACUAGGAAAAUGACGCGGCGGGGAAUGAACUUUUUGCCGCAGGGUAUGCGAGAAAAAAAUCGUUGUUUAUUAGAGUCUAAAAGCUGUUAUGUCACAUUUUGUUCUUAUUAUAUGUCGAGCGUUUGAGAGUUAAAAAGCAUUGAUUGGACGGUUGAAUCAAUUAACAAACGUCACUUUGUAUAGGAGAGCAUAAAAGUAUAUAAUUAUUUCCGACUGCUGAGCUUUCAUGUUUAAUGUCAUUCAGUAUAUUCAUUUUUGUCAAUUGUUACACUGUUAUACCGAUCAGAUUUCGUAUUCGAGGGUAUUUUUUUAAGUAUAUUAAUAAGACAUAUAUAUAUAUAAAUCCGUUGAUGAUAAUACCCGAAUAAAUCUAGUAUGGAAUGAGAAAGUGAGGACUUGAGAAUUGCCGUUGAAUGUUUAUGUAAACAAGCGCCAGCCAUGACCGCACAAACUAUUUUCGCAUUUUCGUUUUACAAAUGAAUGAAUGUCUGGCAGUAACGCCGCCCGUUGGUUAAUCAGUUAGUGUAUAUUGCUGUUCGGUCAUACUUCAAAUUCUACCGCUGCGAAAAUCGAAGCCGCGGCGAAUUUUUAAAAUCAGAGACUUCUUUCCUCUGUUCGCGAGAUAACACAUUCGAAGUAGUCGGCAGAGCAUCAGAAAUACUCUGGCGCGCUUGUCCGAAGAAUACUCAUUAGCGAGAGAAUCUCAUAUUCCAGUCGGAGAGAGCACGUUGUAUAAAUGCCCGUAUAACCAAGGGUGCACGAUGAUAACGUUAUAAACAUACAUCGUCGUCGAGUUUUCUUAUUCUCGGAACAGCGAAGUCGUGUGCGUGCGCGACUCCAACCGUCCGUCACUCGCUGCGAAAGUUUCCAGCUCUUUGACUGCACUCUAUAUCCCGCAACUCUCUGUCGCGUCGCGCGCACGGGCGCGCGAGAGAGAGUCAGAAGGAAAUGGAAAAACAAAGCCGAGAAAUCUCAAAGAAAGAGUAAGGGAGGCACUCGUUAAAAAUGAAAAGUUUACCGCGAGAGAGAGAGAGAGAGAGAGAGAGAGAGAGAGAGAGAGGGAAAGAACGUGAUGCGUAAGCACACGCGCCCACACACACACACACACACACACAAACACGCAUAUAUAUGUACAUAUAAGAGGGAGAAGAGCGGAAUGCUGCCUCGAACCUUUCGCGCCCACCGAGGGGGAUGCGAGUACAGUGGAGAGGAGGAGACAAGAGAGGUGCGAAUAAUUUGAAAUGUCAGGCGCGCCAUAGGAAUUCGACUAGGCGAAGUGAUAGCAAUCGCAACGCGCGCGGCGAGCUUGUAACGGCUAGUUGUCGCCGAAUCGAUGCGCCUAGCCCGAUAAGCCAAGCCCGCGCUGCUACUACUACUACUACUACUACUCUACUACUAUCACUACCACUACCACUACCACUACUAUUACUACUACUACUACUACUACUAUCCCCAAUCCCAUCGACGAGGCGGCCUUAUCGGAUUCACGAUCGAUUCGUCGUCGUUGCGUAUAGGGCUCUGCUUUCGUGCAGAUAUACAUGCGCACACAUUGCGAGAAAGAUAUGCGCGUCCUGCGUUAUGUAGAACAUUACGAGUGCGAGCGCGGAUGAAUGAGAAAGAUCCAAGUCGCUGCUCGCGAUCAUAAUGUCUUUUGCGAUUGUUUUCUUUUCUCGUUCCUCCUUUGCUGAUAUACUCCGAUCGUGCAGGCUGCGGAAACAGUGUCUUAGGCACGUGAAAGUAUUAACCUGUAUGCGAUAGCUCGGUACAAACCCCCUUCCCGCUCCCUGUAUCAUAUUGAAUCGCACUUGACUGCGAAUCGUCUUGGUCGUUUUGUAUAAGUAUUAGGCUAAUUUGCGACAUUGUCUUGCAUCGUUGGCAAGGACGAUGCAGAGCGUACAUAGGUAUUAUACCCGAGUGUAGAGGUGCGCUUGAGGAUUAUAGAUGUGUCCGACGGAAAAAUCUACACUCGCAAAACACUGGCGUAAAUAUCCCGAUCGGUGGAAUUCCCUUCUCGACCGCAUUAACUGUGUACAUAUCCGUGUGAGUCUGAGAGCAGCGACUUCGAAUCCAUAAAUGUAGCAUACUGUACGAUCGAAGCGGACUACCGAUUAUAAAAUACAACAAAUUCAAGCCAUUCGAUGAAUGAUUAUAGAUAUUUACAUGUAUAAACGUGCGAGAGAUGUGUGGCGUGAGCUCGACACCGGGCGAGUCUACCACGCGCUUGCGUAUAUUGCUGUACAUCGAGGCCUCGCUGUAUUAUUGUCAUUGCCAAUAUUAUCGAUUGUUACUGAUAUACGAGUCUGGAUUCUGCUGAUGGCAUAUAAGUAUAAUGCCGUCCCGCAAAACGCUUCGAAUUGCGCUUCGACGAACGAAUACGAGGCGCUCACGCGGACGGGGGUAUAAGGUUCUAGAAAAACAAUAGUACGUAUACAUAACGAUGUAUGAAUUUAAUCGAGAAUAUGAAGCGUAUGUGCUAUUAUUAUUACACAGUGUACAUAAGUCGUCGAAAAUUUUUUCGAACUCUUGGGGAAAAAAAAUCCAAUGUAAAUUAUAACGAUCGAAAACGAUUGAAUGUACGAGGCUAGCACGAUUAUUAUAAUAUAAUAAAUGAUAAAAAGAAAAAUAAGACUUGUCGCGAGUGAGAAAGAGCGAUUUCAUAUCGAUCAUCCGUAAUGUCUAAUAAUUCAUAUGUAUAUAAUAUAUUAUACAGUUUUGAUCUGAAUAAAAUGUUUACCUGUCAAGUCCUGUGUAUAAA